CGAUCGCUCAGCAAAGUUUUCUAAGUCGCAAUGGCUCGUACCAAGCAGACCGCCCGCAAGUCCACCGGUGGCAAGGCCCCGCGUAAGCAGCUCGCUACUAAGGCCGCCCGUAAGUCGGCCCCCGCUACUGGCGGUGUCAAGAAGCCCCACCGUUACCGUCCCGGUACGGUCGCUCUGCGUGAGAUCCGUCGCUACCAGAAGUCGACGGAGCUUCUGAUCCGCAAGCUGCCCUUCCAGCGUCUGGUGCGUGAGAUCGCUCAGGACUUCAAGACUGACCUGCGCUUCCAGGGUUCGGCCGUGCUUGCUCUCCAGGAGGCCGCUGAGGCCUACCUUGUGGGUCUUUUCGAGGACACCAACCUGUGCGCUAUUCACGCCAAGCGUGUCACGAUCAUGCCCAAGGAUAUUCAGCUGGCUCGUCGCAUCCGUGGCGAGCGUUCGUAA